UGAUGUGGUUAAACAGAUGCAGAUAUCAUUAUCUGAAGGUCGCAGGUCAUGGAUUAAUUGUUCAGCUGAUCAAGGGACCUGGACCUGUGAAUCUCCAUUUAUGCAAAAUGGGAUUCCAGGUAACUACUCUGUAUUUUUUCGCCUCUGUGGAUCUGAGCAGCAAGUCAAUAUGAUAUACCACGAGAAUCCUAUAUUUUACAACUUUACAAAGGUUAUUGACGAAAAACAACUCCUGAUAACAGUGAUGCGAAAGAUAGAUAAUUUAGAUCUUUCUAAAAGUGACGUUAAGAUCUUCAUUCCCAGGGGUGCAGACAGUCCGUUGGAAUGUAACAUUACAGCAGUGAUGGCCGACAAAAUAAAAUGUGUAUUAAACACAAAUGACAUUUCAAUAUCAGAAUUAGAGGCUGGUGGAGCGCUGCUUCCAACAGCUCGGAUCCGAAAUAUCACCGACUCCCGCCUGACGGUGAGGAGAGAGAGCGGGCCCAUCUAUUACCCUGCUGGCCGCUGCUCAAGGCCUAGCCACCCGAUAGGGCGGGCCUACCUGGGGCGGAUACCCGAAGAUCUCCCGCCUGAUGGCCUCGGGAGCGGAGAGAGAGAGCGGGCCCGUCCAUUACCCCGCCGGCCGCUGCUCAAGGCCUAG